AUCGAUUGUAAAACAGAAAAAUAAAUGUUGUGUUUUAGAAAUUUAAUAAAAUUAACAAACAAUUCUCUUAAACAAAAUACGAAUUGUUGGAAGCUGUUGUUAAAGAACCAGGAAUUGAUUGCUAUUAAUCUUAAAUCUAACAAACGCAACAUGUCCUCAUACAAUUAUAAACUCACUGAGGUGGAAGGCGAUUUGUUUAGUGCUCCCAAAGACUACAGCUUAGCCCACUGUGUUGCAGCCGAUCUUGGUAUGGGAGCUGGUAUUGCUGUGGUAUUUAAAAAAGUUUAUGGUCAAUUAGAUGUCUUACGCGCACAAGAUGUAAAAACCGGCGGUGUUGCUGUGCUUAAGGAUAAUGAACGUUAUAUUUACUAUUUAGUAACAAAGGAUCAAAGUUGGGAUAAACCAACCUAUGACAGUUUGAGAGCAUCUUUAUGUGCUAUGCGUGAACAUAUGCGUUCUAACAAUGUGCACAAAUUGGCUAUACCCAGGAUUGGUUGCGGUAUUGAUGGCCUUGAGUGGGAUAAAGUUAGCAGCGAGUUGAAUGGAGUAUUUAAUAAAGAAGAUUUGGAAAUAGUAGUUUAUAAUUUUGUGCCAAAGUAAAUAAAACAAGCGUAAAUAUGGUAAAAACACAAAUUUAAUUUGUAACUUUAGAUUAUUACUUGAAAUAUUUAUCAUUUCUUAAGAUGAAUUGAAUAACAAAAAUAAAACAAAAUGAAUGUUGUAUUCAAAAAA